AUGUCUAUCACAGUCCGUACGGGAAGUAAUGCCUCUGAAAUUUCGGGUGCUGAUGCUUUUAAAAGUCAACGUGUUGUCGGUAAUCUUGAUAGCGAUACAAAUGUUCCAACGUUUGCUAGCAACCAUGGGAUAUCAUUGGAAAGUAGUGUUAGUUCAAAACGCCACCGUCUGCUUGGUUUGUUUGGUCGCGGUUUUUUGGCGAAACCACUGAAUUAUAGUGAUCAAGAAAACUAUCGAUAUUUGAUGGCUUUGGAUCGUUAA